UGUUUCAUUUCGGUUUUUUGUUUUUGUUUGGUUGGUUUAUUCGGUUGAGUUUUAUUACUAAUAUCUGAAAGACAACAAAAGCAUCCAGCAGCUAAAAUCUUCAAUGCAAGAACAGUGUUGAAGUUCAUGAUUCGGAUGCAGAACAUUAAACUGCAGCAGCUUUAUUCAUUUUGUACUGGGAUCAUUGAUUCCGAAAGUUGACUCAUUAGAAACAGAAGUCGGAAACGAGCGUGCUUUAUCGGGAAAGAUGAGUGACAGAUGUUGGGUACUAGAAGGCGAGUUGGAAUCGUUAAAUAUGAAAGUUGAUUCGCUAGAAACAAAUGUUGAAAAGGAACGUGCCUUAACGAAGAAGAUGGGAGCCAAAUGUCGGGAAUUAGGUGAGUUGGAAUCCUUGAAUCUGAAAGUUGAUUAUUUAGAAACCGAGACAAAAAAGGAGCGCGUUGUAUCAGGGAAGAUGGGAGACAGGUGUCGCGAAUUAGAACGUGAAUUGGAAUCCUUGGUUUUGAAAGUUGAUUCUCUAGAAACGGAGGUUGAGAAGGAGCGCGCGUUAUCGAAGAAGAUGGGAGUUAAAGGUCGGGAAUUAGAAGGUGAGAUUUCAAGAUUACAAUGUGAAAAUCAGUACCCAAUACCCGCCAUCCGAAAUCCGGAGCUCACGAUGAAACAGGAUACUGAACUAGCAUUGGCUGGUAGUAAAUAUGCUGAUUGCUAGAACACAAUCGCUUCUCUUAGUCGUCAACUAAAAACGCUUGCAACGCUUGAAGACUUCUUGAUUGACACGAACGAAUUCAGUAGACGUAUUUGAGUUAAAGACUGCAGCCUUCUACGAGCAAAACGAUGGCAAGUAAAGAUGUUUUGGUUAUCUUUUUUCUAUAUACAAAGUAACGAUAUUAAGAUUUGUAAAUUGGUGUUGUAUUCAGUCACAUUCAUUCGUAUACGAAAGAUAUUUCAAAAGUUGUGUUAUAUUUAGAUGAAAUUUCGUUUCA